CAAUUUCGCCCUUUUCAAACUUAUAAACGGGUGCUUGGUUUGCAUGUAUGGUCAGCGACAAAUUGUACCACAUAUCGACGACUCUUUAGCGGGACUAAAUUGGGCGAGCUCGUGUUGGACAUUUGACCGCUGUCAAGCGAGGCGAACUGCUAUCGUUCUCCAGCUAACGCGUUAGCACGUCAGAUAAGGGCUAGCCGAGCGAGCUGACUCCAAAUAUCAUCAUCUGGUUAUCAUAGAGCAAUCAACCGUUAAAGUGACGUUUCGCUUGGGGCGAUUAGAGAGGCUUUCUCUUCAACGUCAGCCAUACAAAGAAAUGAAAUGUGCUGUAAAGUUUAGGCAGUUGCUUGGCUUGUUGUUAGGGUUACCAUAGGAACUUUUUGGUUUUGUUGACAACCAGCAACCUUGUUACCAAGAGGAAUUAAAACUAGCAGCAGUUCUUAGCUUCUGUGCAAAUUGAUGCUACACAACCAGUUCUGAGGAUGUCUUCCAACGAAGAAGGUUACGUGGUCAGGAUCAGAGGCCUUCCUUGGGCCUGCACCCAGGGGGAAGUGGCCAGUUUCUUCUCAGACUGUGACAUCAUAGGCAAAGUCAACGGAGUAUGUUUCACCUACUCGAAAGAAGGUCGCCCCAGCGGCGAAGCGUUUAUUGAGCUGAAAACAUCGGAGGAUUUCAAGAAUGCGCUUUCCAAAGAUCGUAAAUACAUGGGACACCGAUACAUUGAAGUGUUCAAGUCAAACCGUAGCGAGAUGGACUGGGUGCUGAAGCGUAGCGGCCCUGCUGACUACGACAGCUCCAGCGGCUGCAUGCUGAGACUCCGAGGCCUCCCCUUCGGAUGCAGCAAGGAGGAAAUUGUUCAGUUCUUUUCAGGGUUGAGAAUCGUGCCGAAUGGGAUUACUCUGCCAGUGGACUACCAGGGGAGGAGCACAGGGGAAGCCUUCGUGCAGUUUGCCUCAAAGGAGAUAGCAGAAAAGGCUCGGGGGAAACACAAGGAAAGGAUAGGGCACAGGUACAUUGAGAUCUUUAAGAGCAGUCGCGUCGAGAUCCGAGACUACCUGGACGAACCCCGGCGGGUGAUCGGGGGCCAGAGACCGGGGCCCUACGACAGACCCGUGAUGGAGGGCCCCAGGGGAGGAUACUUUGGCUCUGGUCCCAGUCGCAGCAGCUCUCUCAUGGACUCCAUGAGGGGCGGAGGGGGCUACGGGGGAGGUUAUGGACAUAGUUUUGACAGCUACAACGGAUUAAACAACUACGGCUUUGGGAACUGCAUGUUUGAUGAGCGUGUAAGAGAAGAGCGAGGAGCAAGAGGCAACAGUUACAGUCGUCAAUCUGAAGGAGGCUCAAGUUACCACGGUGGCCAUUUUGUCCACAUGAGGGGUCUGCCUUUUCGCACCAGCGAGAUGGACGUCGCAAAGUUCUUCUCACCUUUGAACCCUCUGAGUGUCCACAUCGACGUCGCUCUCAACGGCAAGCUGACAGGAGAGGCUGACGUGGAGUUCCGCUCCCACGAGGACGCCGUGGCCGCCAUGGGCAAGGACAAGCACCACAUGCAGCACCGCUACAUUGAGCUCUUUCUCAACUCCACAGCCAUCGGAUCCGAAACAAGUCGUGGUGGUUACUAUGGUAACUCAGGAGGCGGCUCACGGAGCAGCGGGCUGCGAGGCUCAUACUGAUGUCAUUACCUGAGCUCCUCUCUCUCUCAUGUUCCUCAAGGGCCACAUUUUGUCACCAAGUUGAUCUUUGGGUGUUCCACCUCUUUUUCCUUUCUUGCUUAUUUAAAAAAAUGCAUA